CUGCCAUUGGCAGUCGUCUUCACUCCAACAUGACUACUACACAGCAUCAUGGCACCUACCUCGCCUUGCCAGGUACCUCUGCGGUAUCCAAGUUCCGCCGCGACAGACUGAUGUCUCAACUCGGUGCCAAGGAUUUGCAGGCAAUAUGGGUGCACUACGUGGUGUUGUAUCGACAGCUCACGAAAGAAGAACAUCAGAUUGUGGAACAGCUGCUCGAAUACGAUAGUUAUCCCGAGAACGGUGAGCUUUACGACGCCUUACAGAAAGCGGUGAAUCAUGGCCAGUCUCCAGCAGACAAGCACAUUAGGCUGUUCUACGUGAGUCCCAGAGCCGGUACGAUCUCUCCAUGGAGCUCAAAAGCAACCAAUAUCGCCCAUGUGUGCGGACUGGAAUCCGCUGUGAAGAGGGUGGAGCGUGGCGUCCUCUACGCCGCCAAGUUUGACCAGGCUCCUCAAGAUGACUCGAUACCUAGCCCGGACUCGUUGCACGAUCGCAUGACCGACAGCCUCGCCACCACUCCACCAGACCUCGAUCUGAUGUUCGCACAGGCGGCUCCUGCUCCGUUACAGAGGGUUGAUCUGUUGCACAAUCCAGCUGGCCCCGAAGCAACACUACGAGAGGCCAACAAGACCCUGGGUCUUGCUCUUGAUGAAUCGGAGAUGAAGUACCUCAUCGACGCCUACACCAAAGAUCUGAAGCGAAACCCGACCGACGUCGAGCUUUUCAUGUUUGCUCAAGUCAAUUCGGAGCACUGCAGACACAAGCAGUUCAAUGCGCAAUGGACUAUCGAUGGCAAGGUCAUGGAUCACAGCCUUUUUCAGAUGAUCCGCAAUACCCACCAGCGGAAUGGUGACUACGUUUUGUCGGCAUACAGUGACAACGCAGCAGUCAUGCAAGGCUACCCAGGAAGUCAGUGGGCUCCAGAUCAGCUGAGUGGAGAAUGGAAGCAGACGAAGGAGGAUGUUCACUAUCUUGGCAAAGUCGAGACCCACAACCAUCCGACAGCUGUAUCGCCUUAUCCUGGUGCCGCUACUGGAGCUGGCGGGGAGAUCAGAGACGAAGGUGCAGUCGGUCGAGGCUCGAAGCCAAAGACUGGACUAUGCGGGUUCAGCGUUUCUGACCUUUUGAUUCCUGGGCACAGGCAGCCAUGGGAGCUCGACAUUGGAAAGCCAGCACAUCUGGCGAGCAGUCUCGACAUCAUGCUUGAGGCGCCUAUCGGAAGUGCUGCCUUCAACAACGAGUUUGGAAGACCCAACACAACUGGAUAUUUCCGCACCUUGUCCAUGAACGUACCAGUGGACGAAAGCACAACAGAAGUAAGAGGCUACCACAAGCCGAUCAUGAUUGCUGGUGGCGUCGGCACAGUGCGUCCUGGUAAUGAGAUCAAGAAGAAGGAAGAUGUCAGUCCUGGUGCACACAUGGUGGUGCUCGGUGGUCCAGCUAUGCUUAUUGGGCUUGGUGGUGGUGCAGCAUCCAGUAUACAAUCCGGUGAAGGGAGUGUCGACUUGGACUUUGCAAGUGUGCAGCGUGGGAAUGCCGAAGUCGAGAGACGCGCACAGGAAGUCAUCAACGCAUGCGCGUCACUUGGCCGGGACAGCCCAAUCCAAUUCAUUCACGACGUUGGGGCAGGCGGUCUUUCUAAUGCUCUUCCAGAAUUGGCGCACGACUCCGGAUACGGUGCGAAAUUUGAGCUCAGAGAAGUCGAUAACGCGGAUCCGAGUCUUAGCCCUCUACAGAUCUGGUGUUGUGAAGCUCAGGAGCGGUAUGUUAUGGCUAUCGCUCCUGACGGGCUUGAUCUGUUCAAGAAGAUCUGCAAGCGUGAACGAUGUGGGUACUCCGUUGUGGGAACAGCUACGAAGGAACAGCGUCUCGUCCUCAUGGACAGAGACUCGCCCGAAGAGCCAACUCCCAUUGAUCUGCCAAUGUCGACUCUCUUCGGCAAGCCACCAAAGAUGACCAGAACCGUCAACUCACGCAAGCCGAAGCUCCCGGCUUUCGACAGCAGCCUGACUACAUACAUUCCAAGUGCGGCCGCGAAUGUGCAAAGUGUCCUUCCACACGCGAUUGAUCGAGUACUGUCGCUCCCCUCUGUGGGUUCCAAAUCUUUCCUCAUCACAAUUGGCGAUCGUACAGUUGGUGGAUUGACUGUUCGGGAUCAGAUGGUAGGCCCAUGGCAGACUCCUGUUGCAGAUGUGUCGGUGACAGCGACAUCACUGACUCCUGGUAUCACCACUGGCGAGGCUAUGGCAAUGGGAGAAAAGCCUACUCUCGCUCUGAUCUCGGCUGGUGCUUCAGCACGUAUGGCGGUUGCAGAGUCUUUGCUCAACAUUGCGGCUGCGAGUAUCCCCAACCGACUCAAGCGUAUCAGGCUCUCAGCGAACUGGAUGGCAGCGAGCAGUCACCCGGGUGAAGGCGCUGCUCUGUAUGAGGCAGUAGAAGCUAUCGGCAUGGAAUUGUGCCCAGAGCUGGGCAUCAGCAUACCCGUCGGCAAAGACUCUAUGUCGAUGAAGACCAAGUGGGACGACAAGGAAGUCACAGCUCCACUGUCUCUGGUAAUCACUGCUUUCGCACCGGUGAAUGAUCUCAGCAGUACAUGGACACCUACCCUUGCGCGAUAUGAGGAUGUGGGCGAGACUUUGUUGAUGUUUGUCGAUCUUGCCGGUGGUAGAAAGGCACUGGGCGGUUCAGCCCUCGCGCAAGUAUUUGGUCAGGUCGGCGAUACUGCACCAGAUGUUCACGACGUUGACUACAUCAAAGACCUCUACCACGCCAUCGAGCAGCUGCACGAGACAGACAUCGUGCUCGCUUACCACGACCGAUCCGAUGGAGGGCUGUUCACGACUCUGGCAGAAAUGAUGUUUGCAGGACGAUGUGGACUUGAUCUGAUGCUUGAUCGCAUUGUCAAAUCUGGUCGUCCUCAGGAUGUGAUUGAGACACUCUUCAACGAAGAGCUCGGCGCUGUCUUCCAGAUUCGCAAGAAGCACGAGAGUCAGUUCCGCGGCGUGUUUGCGCCUAUGACACCCGUUGUCAUUGCAUCUGUGCCCAGGUCCUCGAGACAGGAGCUUGCCAUUCACUACGGCGCCGACUGCAUUUACCGUGCUUCAAGACAAGAAUUGCAGCAGAAAUGGCAUCACACCUCCUGGGCCAUGCAGAGACUCAGAGACAACCCAGACUGUGCCGAUGCCGAGAAGGCAAACAUCGACGACAACGCGAAUCCCGGUCUGCGAUUCAACCUCAGCUUCAAGCCAGACGAGAACAUUCUGCCAUGGAGCACAUCCAUCUCGGCAACCAUCAAGCAGAAACCGCGCGUUGCAAUCCUUCGCGAACAGGGUGUCAACGGCCAUGCAGAGAUGGCCUUUGCAUUCUCCAUUGCAGGCUUCAGCCCCAUCGACGUCCACAUGACCGACAUCCUCACUGGGCGCGUCUCCCUCAAAUCAUUUGUUGGCCUUGCCGCUUGCGGUGGCUUCAGCUACGGCGACGUGCUCGGUGCGGGUCAAGGCUGGGCUAAGUCGGUCCUGUUGCAUGAAGGAGCGCGCAAUGAGUUCAAGGACUUUUUCGAACGCCCCAACACCUUCACUCUCGGGGUCUGUAACGGCUGCCAGUUCUUAUCCCGUUUGACCGAGCUGAUCCCAGGCGCCGAAAACUGGCCAACUUUCGAACGCAAUAUCAGUGAGCAGUACGAAGCUCGUGUCUGCAUGGUCCAAGUCACCGAGAAAGCCGACAACUACAAAACUCCGUCCGUAUUCCUCCACGGCAUGAAUGGAUCCUACCUCCCCGUCGUCACCGCCCACGGGGAAGGCCGCGCAUCAUUCCCGCAGUCUGGCGAAUCUUCAGCGGAGAAUCUCAUCGAUCAAGGUCUCGUUGCCAUACGCUACGUCGACAACUAUCUCAAGCCUACCGAAGCCUAUCCUUACAACCCGAACGGAUCUCCCAUGGGCAUCACAGGUGUGCGUACACCCGACGGCAGAGUCUUGGCUCUUAUGCCUCAUCCGGAGCGCACGAUUCUGAAGGAAGUCGCGAGCUACUUGCCUCGUGGUGAACAGAAGAAGGAAUGGGGCGAGUUCGGUCCUUGGAGUAGAAUGUUCAAGAGUGCUAGACGAUGGGUCGGUACAAACUUUUAGGGCCCAGUCGCAGUAAGGAUGGUAGGUGGUCUGGUCUGGCAUGCAAUAUCACGGGCGAGCAGCGGGCCACGUCUCAAUGGACUACAUACCUACCUACAUGUACUCAGUCUUCCGCCACGAAUGAUGACAUGACCAAUUAUCAUCGUCAUUCGAAUGAGUCUGUCAAAGAUAUCAAGCGUCAAAUAAGCAGACUCGAAAUUGAAACUCAAGAAACUUGGAAUUGAUUCAUUGAUGAU